CAGAAACGCAAUUUCUAACAGCAAAUGUCAAAAGGAAAGCCUGGUGAUUGUGGAACGUAAGAACUAGGAAGAAUAGACUAUCUACAGUCACAGUUUCCUUCCAUUCAGGAUAGAUAAUGCACAUAUGACUAAAACCCUCUUUAAAAGAAUCCCAUAAAAACUCCUCAUGGUAAUGGCAUCCCUAAUUUCGAACUCAGCACCCUUAUGUUCGACUUCAACAAGCACAAAAUCAGCUCUUUACCCUCUCCCCUCCUCUUCCUUCAUUCCUUACCAUAAAGCACCUCAAUUUGGUCUCUCUACAUCGAUUGCUCUACCGGGUCUUGGUCCUUUCUCUCAAUGGAGUGGUUUAAAGCAUCUGGAUAUUUCAACUCCUCCAAGAUUUAUUCGUAAAGAGAGGAAACGAAGGUGUAAGGGCAAGGUGAUUCAUGCAUCAUUGUUUGGUGUUGGAGCUCCUGAGGCUCUGGUUAUUGGUGUGGUGGCUUUGCUAGUUUUUGGCCCCAAAGGUCUUGCUGAGGUUGCACGCAAUCUAGGGAAAACUUUGCGUGCAUUUCAACCCACAAUUAAAGAACUCCAGGAGGUGUCAAGGGAAUUCAAGAGCACCCUUGAGCGAGAGAUUGGGCUUGAUGAAAUUUCAAAUCAAACACAAAACACAUAUAACUCCAAGAUAACAAACACUGCCUCAACCCCUUCAUCAGCUGGCAGCACCAAUAUUUCUACAACUGUGGCUGACCCUAGUGAGCGAUCUUCUUUCAAUGGUGCUCCAUCCCCAAACAAGUCGUAUACCAGUGAAGAGUACUUGAAAAUCACAGAAGAGCAGCUAAAAGCAUCCGCUGCCAAACAACAGGGGCAGCCACCCCCUCCAGCAGAAAGUCAGUUGGAACCUCAAGCUCAGCCUCAGCCACAAGAGACUACCAAAGCAAUGCCUCCUCCAGAAAAGCUGGAAAAUGAAGCACAAAACUCAUAGGAAACACAAUGGAGAAGAACUGCUACAGCUGUCCAUUAUUUGAAGUCGGACAGGAGACUACCAAAGCACAAAUAUUAAUCAGGUGUCCGCGAAAGAGGGCAAUGGAACUCUAUACCUUUUCUUUUGUGGGUGGCAGAGUGAAACCGCAAGAGAUUAGUAGCCUUUAGAAAUUCUAUAUAAAGAGGACCUUUAUGACAAUUGACAAGUCUAGGAUUUCUGGAAUCUGUUGUAAAAUAUGUUUUUUUAUUUUUUUUGGUGUUACUCAAGCUUUGGGAAAGAAUCAGGUCACGUUGUUCUGCAACGAUGUGAUGUUUCUUUUAAA